GCGAGCGGAGGGGGGGGCCUGUCCCGGAGGUGGCGGCGGCGCCAUCUUGGCGAAGGGGGGAUCAGGAAGUGCAGACCGCGGCGGCGGCGGCGGCGGAGCCCGGAGCGCAGGCCGGAGGCUCCCGGCCCGCCGGCCCCGGAGCGGAGCGGAGCGGAGGAUGCAGCAGCCGCAGCCGCAGGGGCAGCAGCAGCCGGGGCCGGGGCAGCAGCUGGGGGGCCAGGGGGCGGCGCCGGGGGCCGGGGGCGGCCCAGGGGGGGGCCCGGGGCCGGGGCCCUGCCUGAGGCGAGAGUUGAAGCUGCUCGAGUCCAUCUUCCACCGCGGCCACGAGCGCUUCCGCAUUGCCAGCGCCUGCCUGGACGAGCUGAGCUGCGAGUUCCUGCUGGCUGGGGCCGGAGGGGCCGGGGCGGGGGCCGCGCCCGGACCGCAUCUCCCCCCACGGGGGUCGGUGCCUGGGGAUCCUGUCCGCAUCCACUGCAACAUCACGGAGUCGUACCCUGCUGUGCCCCCCAUCUGGUCGGUGGAGUCUGAUGACCCUAACUUGGCUGCUGUCUUGGAGAGGCUGGUGGACAUAAAGAAAGGGAAUACUCUGCUAUUGCAGCAUCUGAAGAGGAUCAUCUCCGACCUGUGUAAACUCUAUAACCUCCCUCAGCAUCCAGAUGUGGAGAUGCUGGAUCAACCCUUGCCAGCAGAGCAGUGCACACAGGAAGACGUGUCUUCAGAAGAUGAAGAUGAGGAGAUGCCUGAGGACACAGAAGACUUAGAUCACUAUGAAAUGAAAGAGGAAGAGCCGGCUGAGGGCAAGAAAUCUGAAGAUGAUGGCAUUGGAAAAGAAAACUUGGCCAUCCUAGAGAAAAUUAAAAAGAACCAGAGGCAAGAUUACUUAAAUGGUGCAGUGUCUGGCUCGGUGCAGGCCACUGACCGGCUGAUGAAGGAGCUCAGGGAUAUAUACCGAUCACAGAGUUUCAAAGGCGGAAACUAUGCAGUCGAACUCGUGAAUGACAGUCUGUAUGAUUGGAAUGUCAAACUCCUCAAAGUUGACCAGGACAGCGCUUUGCACAACGAUCUCCAGAUCCUCAAAGAGAAAGAAGGAGCCGACUUCAUUCUACUUAACUUUUCCUUUAAAGAUAACUUUCCCUUUGACCCACCAUUUGUCAGGGUUGUGUCUCCAGUCCUCUCUGGAGGGUAUGUUCUGGGCGGAGGGGCCAUCUGCAUGGAACUUCUCACCAAACAGGGCUGGAGCAGUGCCUACUCCAUAGAGUCAGUGAUCAUGCAGAUCAGUGCCACACUGGUGAAGGGGAAAGCACGAGUGCAGUUUGGAGCCAACAAAUCUCAAUACAGUCUGACAAGAGCACAGCAGUCCUACAAGUCCUUGGUGCAGAUCCACGAAAAAAACGGUGAGGCUGGAGCCAGGACUCAGGAGAUUCGGACACUUGCCACACCCAGGUUUUCACUUCCAGCCACAGAGCAAGAACCCCUUCUUUUGGUUUCUGAUACUCAACCACCCAUUAACACAGCACCUGCCCCAGUUCUCCCAGGAGGGACUGGCGGUGGCUAACAUUCACAACCUCUUCCAGAAACACACCAAAAUGAUCAAAUCACCGAUAAACUUGGUGCUACCCCCUUCUCGACCACCUUUUGAAAAAGCUCAUCUAACUCUCCCAUCAUCUCAGGUUGGGCACAUCAUUCCCCCUUCUCAUCUCCAGGUAUGCAGGCUCUCAGCUUCCCAUACACCUCUCCCCACACAGCAUAGCCCUCCCCAAUAUCCUCUUAUCUCUGCCACUGGAGACGUCUUCAGGGAUUGGGGCAGGACAGGGAGGGUGGGCCUGAACCUUCACCUCACUGACCAUUCCAUUUCUUUGCAGGCUGGUACACACCCCCAAAAGAAGACGGCUAACCUUGGAGUAUCACCCUUCCUCCCUCCCCAGGCACCACUGGACCAAUUACCUUUGAAUGCUGUAUUUGGAUCUCACGCUGCCUCUGUGGUUCCCUCCCUCAUUUUUCCUGGACGUGAUAGCUCUGCCUAUUGCAGGACAAUGAUGGCUAUUCUAAACGCUAAGGAAAAAAAACAAACACAGAACUGUUUCAAGUACUCAAGACUGACUUACAGACCAACCAACCACCUUGCUGGAACCCUUGCUAGCAGGCAUUCUUAUAAAAGAAACUUUCGAGCCUCCUUAUAUUGCUGGAAACUCAGCUGUGCUCCAGACUAGAGCCUCCUUACCUAUGCUAUGGAUUUUUAAUUUAUUUUCUCUUAUUUCAUGUACACUGCUUUUUUUGGUUACAGUGUAUGAUGGAUGUGUAUGAAAAAAAUGUAUCUUUGGGAAAACAAUUACAGUUUGUUAAUUUGAA